CGGCGGGCGCAAGAUGGCGGUGGCGUCGCCCUUCAGCGGCGCUCUGCAGCUGACCGACCUGGACGAUUUCAUCGGCCCCUCGCAGGAAUGCAUAAAACCAAUCAAAGUUAACAAGUCUGGGAAAGUAGCAGCUAAGAUCCGUAUUGAAGAUGAUGGAACUUAUUUCCAAGUUGACCAGGACGGAGGGUCACAAAAACUGGAAAAGGCCAAGAUUACCCUCAACGACUGCUUGGCCUGCAGUGGUUGCAUCACGUCAGCAGAGAGCGUCCUCAUCACUCAGCAGAGCCACGAAGAGUUCUCCAGAGUAUUAAAUGCCAAUAAGGCAUCCAGUCCUCCCAAGAAAUUGGUGGUGGUGUCUAUAUCUCCACAGUCCAGAGCUUCUUUAGCUGCAAGAUUUGGAAUGACUCCUUUAGACACCGCUAAGAAGCUGACAGCCUUCUUUAAGAAUUUAGGGGUGCAUUUUGUCUUUGAUACAACUUUCACCAGGAACUUCAGCUUGCUAGAGAACCAGCGGGAAUUUGUGCAACGUUUCCAGAGACGAGUAGAAGAUAAGAAGGCUUUGCCCAUGUUAGCUGCUGCUUGCCCUGGUUGGAUCUGUUAUGCUGAAAAAACCCAUGGAAGUUUUAUCAUCCCAUACAUCAGCACUACCAGAUCACCCCAGCAGAUCAUGGGUUCCCUGAUUAAGGACCACUUUGCCAAACAACAGAGCCGGACCCCAGACCAAAUCUACCAUGUCACUGUGAUGCCUUGCUAUGACAAAAAGCUAGAAGCUUCCAGGCCAGAUUUUUUCCUUGAAAAGCACCAGACCCGGGAGGUUGACUGUGUGAUUACAACAGGAGAAGUCUUAAAGUUGCUGGACCAGGAAGGAGUGUCCCUUCUUGAAGUGAAUCCUGUGCCUUUGGAUAGCAUGUUUGGCAGCCUUUUGGAAGAGCAGCUGUUUGGCCAUUCUGGAGGCGGCUCUGGGGGAUACUUGGAGCACAUAUUCAGAUAUGCAGCAAAGGAGCUCUUUGGCAUUCCAGUGAAGGAGCUUCGCUACAAGACCCUGAAAAACAAGGAUUUUCAAGAGGUGACGCUGGAGAAGGAUGGCCAGACUCUCCUGCACUUCGCCCUGGCGUAUGGAUUUCGGAACAUCCAAAACUUCGUGCAGAAACUGAAACGCGGAAAGCUGCCCUACCAUUAUGUCGAGGUGAUGGCUUGUCCCUCAGGGUGCUUAAAUGGAGGGGGACAGAUCAGAGCAGAAGGAGAAUCCAGCAAAGAUCUGCUCCAUCGUGUGGAGAGUCUCUAUGAAAUGGCCCAGCCAGAAGACCCCGAGACGAAUGAAACCAUCAGCGACCUCUACGACCAGUGGCUUGGGGGCCCCACUUCUCAGCAGGCUCGGAGUCGCCUCCAUACACAAUACCAUGCGGUGGAGAAGGCCAGCACAGGCUUUAAUAUUAAGUGGUAAAUUGGCUCAGCUCGUGUAGCACAACAAUGCGCGGGUCACCAACCCCUAGGCCACAGCCCACGAUCGAGCCAUGGCCUAUUCGCAACCAGGCUGCGCGAAUGGCAGACUGGCUGGCCUGCAUGUGCAGCUCAACUUGCACAAGCGGCACACAUGCGCAGCUUGCAACCAAGUUCUGUCUGUGUGCGGGCCCACCGCUUGUGCAGGCCAGUUCUUCCCCCCCCCACCCCCCCAAGCUGGGCCACCAAGUUGCCUGCUGAUGUAGAAGAUCACUUCUUGCCGCAGAUGAAGCGGAAAGUUUCAUUUUUUAAGCAAAUGGUUGCAUCGAAGAUUUAUAUUUGAAUUUUUAAAAAUUAUAAGGCAAAGCAUCGGCUUCACAGCAAACGACAGUGCACUCCGCUGGAUUUUUUUUAUCAGAUCUUUAGAGGAGAAAAGUUAGUUUACUCUUUCUACAGCUCCGUCACGUUUUUUCCCCUACUGCCAGAAAGUUAGAAUUUUUGAAAUGAGCUCUUCUGGAUAAUUGCACGAGAACAAAAUGGAGCCAGUCCGAAUUUGGCAUUUCGAGAGAAGGGACCAACAUUU